GAUGGAUGGGAUGCUCUGCCCGACCAAAGGGGGCUUUUGGAACGUUUUUUUCCUGUGGAGCCUGUGGGGCGACUACUUGGGCACCGCCUGGGGCUGCCCGGCCAACUGCGUGUGCAACAAGACCGAGAUUGGGUGUACAAAGCCGGACGAUGGCACCUUCUUCCCUCUUGGAGGGCAGGACUCCAGGCCCCCCAACGGCAACGCCAGCAUCAACAUCACCGACAUCUCCCGGAGCAUCAUGUCCAUACACAUAGAAAACUGGAGGAAUUUGCAAACGCUGCAUGCUGUCGAGAUGGAGCUGUACACAGGACUCCGGAGACUGACAAUCAAGAACACGGGCCUGCGGAGUAUCCAGCCGCGAGCAUUUGAUAAGAACCCCCACUUGCGCUACAUAAACCUCUCUGGGAACCGGCUGACUACGAUGUCAUGGCUUCUCUUCAAGACUUUGAGGCUUACAGAACUGUAUUCAAGGUCAAGGGUUUUGUGCUUUCCUGAAAAAUCAAACAAAACAAAACCAAAAACGAAGUCAGUCCUCUGUGCAGGUCCUGUGGCUGUGAUCAGUGGGGAGGAAGAUUCUGCCAGCCCUCUUCAUCACAUCAACCAUGGCAUCACGGGGCCUUCAUCCUUGGAUGCUGGCCCAGACACAGUAGUGAUUGGCAUGACCCGUAUCCCUGUCAUUGAGAACCCUCAGUACUUCCGACAAGGCCAUAACUGUCACAAGCCAGAUACAUGUUUCAGAGAAAUUAUGUUGAAUCCAAUAACCCUUCCCGGACAUUCCAACCCACUUAGCCACCAUGGCAUUUAUGUCGAGGACGUCAAUGUGUAUUUCAGCAAAGGACGUCAUGGCUUUUAAAAAAAAUCAGUGCAAAAAAAAGAGCAAAAGAAACAAAUAAAAUACAACCUGGGAAAAGACAAAAAAAAAUCCAAAACCUCCUUUAAAGGUUCCUUGUUCUGAUAUCAAGUGUGUUGGCUGUGCCCCCUGAGAAAUCUGGGACGCAGUGGGAUGGGUCUAUGUAUGGAUCUAAGCCACGGUCUUGCAGGACUGGACCAAAGUCCGCACCAUGCUGCAAGGACCAAGGGGUUUCUCAUUUCUUUUUUCCCCCGUCACCAGCUCACAGGGUUGUUCUUUUCCCUUUUAUCGGUCACUGUGUUCUUUUCCUCUGUUGGUCACUGGUCUUCUGCAAAGGCGCAUAAAGAACAACACUUGAGCGACACAUGAGAGACU